AUGCGACCGCCAGUCCCGUCUAGAGCUUUCUUUCGGGAAGUCUCCACUAAGCACGGCCCGUAUAUCGUUUCUUGUCUGCCUACAAAGUCCCAACGCCUGCCGAAGAUCCCCAAUCGGACGCUCCCGCUUCCUUCAACUUGCCCACGCUUCCUUGGCCCUCGUUUACACAGACAGUAUUCCACAGCGCAGUCUCAAACGUCUAAACCUUACCUACUUUUACGUCGCAUUGUCGGAUUCACGGCCAUUGCCAUUGUCGCAUUUUCUACCGGACUCGCUUAUCAGACUCAGAAGACCGUAGCGCGCAUGAUGGCUGUCAGCAUGCCCACCGACGAGGAAACCCUCACUGGCUUUGUACCUUCCGACGAGUUCACGAAGGAGGUCGAGGACUACAUUCGCAAUCACCCUAUGACACUUGCUUUACGCCAAAACCCGGCUUACACCGAAUCGCGACCACAUUUGAAGAUCCCUCAAGAAUUGCGCGCGCGUCAUCUAACGGCCGGUAUCCUUGCGACCCCAGGCGGAAUUGUGGUGCCGCCUUAUGUUUUCUGCGAGGAGGGCGGAAAGAGUUUGACCGCCAUCUUCUACCUUGGCUCAGAUGUGUCCGGCCAUCCUGGCAUUGUGCACGGAGGUCUUUUGGCCACGCUGCUGGAUGAGUCCAUGGCCCGGUGCUGCUUCCCUGCGUUGCCAAACAAAGUGGGUGUGACUGCCAAUCUGAACAUUGACUACCGGCGCCCGGCGAUGGCCAACAACUAUGCUGUCUUGAAGGCGAAGACGGUCAAAGUGGAGGGUCGGAAGGCUUGGGUUGAGGCGCACAUCGAAACUCUUCCUGAGGAUGGCAAAGAGCCAGUCAUACUGGUGGAAGCAAAGGCUCUGUUUAUUGAACCCAAGCAGGCUGCGGCCAUGUCGACUCUGUACAAAGUUACGAACUAG